AUGCCGCUUAACCACCCCCUGACUCGCACCUUAAUGCGGCCUUGUCGAACUCCCUCGACGAGAAUCACAACCAUUACUCGCCGGGGAGCUAAAACAACUAUACCCUCAUUAAACAACAAUGAACCCCACUCACCGCCCACCCGGGGAAAGCACCCAGCUACGAGCGCAGUGCUCCAUCGUACACUGAAAGCCCCUCCACCGCAGGUUGUCGCGGCGAACGGAAAACAUCUUACCUUUUCCAACGGUCAGACAAUUCUGGAUACAACAUGUGGCGCGGCCGUAGCCUGCAUUGGUUCCAACAACGAGAGAGUCAAGAAAGCAAUGGUUGCGCAGCUCGACAAAUUCGCGUAUUGCAACUCAAUGUUUUUCGGCCAUCCGAUUGGGGAGGAACUAGCGGAUGAGUUGAUUCAAGGGACAGACGGCGCCAUGUCCAAGACGUACAUAAUGUGCUCUGGUUCGGAAGCUAUGGAAGCGGCCAUGAAGAUGGCCCGUCAGUAUUUCGUAGAGAUAAACCAGCCAAAGCGAAUCAACUUCAUUGCCCGGGAAGGGUCGUAUCAUGGCACGACGCUCGGCUCUCUUUCAAUGAGCGGUCACGUUGCGCGCCGAAGUCUCUUCACAGACAUGUUGCUCCCCAACAUUGCGCGGGUUUCAGCCUGCAAUGCGUAUCGCGGGAUGAGCGCGGGCCAGACGGUGGAACAGUAUGUCGAGCAGCUGGCAGAUGAGUUGGAUCGCAAAUUCCAGGAACUUGGCCCCGAGACGGUCUGCGCUUUUGUCGCUGAGCCGGUCGUCGGUGCGGCUUUGGGAUGUGUUCCUUCAGUGCCUGGCUACUUCAAAGCGAUGAAGAGAGUCUGCGAUAAAUACGGCGCUCUUCUUAUUCUGGACGAAGUUAUGUCGGGCAUGGGCCGCUGCGGCACUCUGCACGCCUGGCAACAAGAAGGCAUCGUACCUGACAUUCAGACGAUGGCGAAGGGUCUAGGUGGUGGAUACGCGCCCGUUGCCGGGAUAAUGAUUAACCACCGGGUGGCUGACGCGCUGACUGACGGAACUGGCGCGUUCUCGCAUGGCCAUACAUACCAAGGUCAUCCGGUCGGAUGUGCUGCUGCGCUAGAGGUCCAGAAAAUAAUCAGAGAAGAGAAUCUGGUGGCGAAUGUCCGACGACAAGGAGCUCUUCUCGAACAGCUUUUGCGUGGAUAUCUUGAAGAUCACCCUCACGUGGGUGACAUCAGAGGCAAAGGACUCUUCUGGGGGAUCGAGUUUGUCCUGGAUAAGGAAAGCAAAGAGCCUUUCCAACGGUCAGCGGAUAUCGCCAAUAGAGUCCAUCUCGUGGGUCUCAACCAGUUCGGUAUCAGCCUCUAUCCAGGAACCGGCACGAAGGACGGCGUUUUAGGGGAUCACAUACUCUUGGCCCCCGCCUACACCAGUACAGAAGAGGAAAUCAGAUACAUUGCCGAAAGGACAAGGGAUUCUGUGAUUCGAACAUUUGAUGAGCUGUUUUCAGGUUUCUUUUAG